UUCCCUCAGUGACUGAUUAUUGCAGAGACAUCUGCUCUGGUCACUCGCUCGCACUCACAGGUGAUGUAUCAACACAGGGGACACCCCCUUUGACCGAUUCACCCCAGGUUCAGACCAAGGUUCAGUCUGGAACCCCUGCUAAGCUGCUUGGUCGCACAUUCACUUUUUUUUUUUUUUGUCUCUGCCACUCUUAAACUAUAGGGGCAGUCUUAGGCCCUACAUUCCUCCCUGUCCCUUAGCGUGCGUUCUGAAAAACCUCAAACCUCCGGCUAUCACCUGACCUAAAACCUAAGUGUAAGGCUGGUUGCCUUGCCGGGAGACCGGACACACCCACCUCUGCAUUAGGCACCUAGCUCUGCCGCAUGGCUCCCCUGGAAGGCUCUGGCACUGGAAAACCUGCCCAACAACCACUGGUGGCCCGCCCCGUCCCAAUCCUGCUCCCCUGGAGCCAAUCAGAGCACCCAGCUAUUGCUCAUUCCUCAUAGCCAUAAAAACCCCACACCCCAGGAAGUCAGCUCGACUUCUCUGGCCCCUUUCCCUGGACCAGAGAACCUCGCCCAGGAGCUGAAUAAAUUGGCAUUUAAUUUUCUUAUACUGGCCUCCGUUUCCUCAUUUUAUACUAGGCAGUAACUCUUACAAGUAGUGCCGAAAACCUGGGAGGAGUUCAAGACCCCUCCUGGGGGAAACUGACUUCUCUACCAUAAGCCGAAACAGGGAGCCGCCACCCCUCUGAUCGUCUGCAGCCAUCACUCGUCAGCAGCUGACAUUAGAAAGAAACUUAAAAGGACUGAGGAGGGCCCCCAAACUCCCAUACGAGACCUGGUAAACAUGGCAUUUAAAGUUUUUAAUGGCCAAGAUGAAAAGGCUGAGGCCACCCACCAGGCCCAUCUACAGCAAAAGGUAAGCCUCCAAACCCAAGCUCUUGUGGCAGCCCUGAGGCCAGCAGCCCACCAGCUGCCUGGUGGAGGGGGUCCAUCAAAACCCACCAACAACUCCAGAGGCAUUCCGCCUGGGCCCUGUUUCAAGUGCAGUCAGGAGGGACACUGGGCACAUCAGUGUCCAUGUCCCCGACCACCUACCAAGCCCUGCCCGGACUGCAAGCAGAUUGGACGUUGGCACAGUGAUUGCCUGACCCCCCACACCUCUAUGUGGAGGGCAGGCCGGUCUGCAGGAAGCAAUCCCAUUGCUUGAACUUCUCAGCCGUCUGGACAACUGACUCAGCCCAGACUCGAAGGACCCCUAUCACCCUUGCCAAGCCCAGCGUAAUGCUGUAGGUAGCGGUAAGUCCAUUUCCUUCUUAGUGGACAGGGAAGCUACCUAUUCUGUAUUGCCUUCCUACUCAGGACCUAGCAUUCCUUCCCAGGUUUCAGUCAUGGGAAUUGACGGCAAGCCUUCCUGUCCUAAUCCAACCCAUCCUUUAGCCUGUGUCCUUGAGGGAUACGCCUUUUCCCACUUUUUUAAUCAUACCCUCGCACCCAGUCCCCCUUUUAGGACAAGACAUUCUCCAGACUGUGGGGGCCACUCUCCAACUCACUGGCCCUCCCACACUCAAGCCCACCAUCUGCCCACCUCCUACUGCCACUCCUGACACCACAUUGUGCCCUAAUUCCUCACCUCAACCCCCUAUUCCUCCUGACGUAGUUAAUCCCCUGGUACGGGAUACCUCCAAGAUUGAAGAUCCUUCAAUCAGCCUUCACCCCACUUCCCCACUCAACCCAGCUACCUUGCUUCCACUUCCAUCCAUCCCUUCCCCCUUCCGCACCCCACUCCUGCCCUGAACUAAUGGAUGCACUUGCCAAACCUUGAGAGAGCCUAUCCAACCUUCCCCUGCCUAACCCAGACCUUACUUUCUAUGUGGAUGGAAGUUCAGUAAUAACAGCCGGUGGAGGCAAAAGGCAGCCUAUGCAGUAGUCACAGAUUCAGCCACCCUCAAGGCACAUCACCUCCCUGACGGAACCACAUCACAAAAGGCGGAGCUCAUUGCCCUAACCUGAGCUCUCGCACUAGCACAGGGAAAGCAAGCAAAUAUCUAUACUGACUCAAAAUAUGCUUUUCUUAUUACCCAUUGCCACUCUGCCCUCUGGAGAGAGCGAGGAUUCCUUACCACAAAGGGGUCCCCCAUAAUCAAUGCUACACAGAUCUCUAACCUCUUACAGGCCUUAUCAUUGCCCAGGGAGGUUGCAGAUACCAGGCCCAGCAUAAUGCUGUCUCCCGGGGCAAUGCACAGGCAGAUACAGCAGCAAGAUCUUUAAUGCCAAGUUGGCCGCUACCCCUGUUCUCUUCCUUAUACUCACCAUCAGAAAAACAGGCCCUUAUACUAAAGGGGGGAACAGAAUCUAAUCAGGGCUGGAUCUUCCUAAAUAACAGAAUCGCCCUUCCCCACCCGGGAAACAGGCCCCUAAAAUUAUUGCUGAAAUCCACCAAUCCUUACGUAUAGGGCCUAAGGCAUUACACCGCUUUGUACAGCCCCUCCUUUUCUCACCAGGUCUGCAACAAACAAUUGAGCAGGUACACAAGGCAGGCGUUACUUGCUCUAAGGUCUCGCCUCAGGAAAGCUUAAGGCCACAGUUUCCUACUCACCAAAUGUGGGGCAACCUACCGGCCUGACUGGCAAAUUGACUUCACUCAUAUGCCCACUCACAAAAAGCUCGGCUACCUCCUAACUUUUGUAGAUACUUUUUCAGGUUGGAUUGAAGCCUGCCCCACCUCCCGGGAGACAGCAGACCCGGUGGCCUCCCUCCUUAUUCAAAUCAUCCCUCACUUUGACCUACCUGCCACCAUCCAGUCGGACAAUGGUCCAGCAUUUACAGCCCAAGUAGUCCAGCUAGUCGCCAAGUUCCUCAACACCUCCCAGAAACUGCACAUCCCUUACCAUCCGCAGUCGUCGGGUAAAGUUGAACAGGCCCACGGCAUCCUCAAAGACCAUUUGGCCAAACUUGCUAUUGAGGGAACACGCUGUCGCACUCUCCCUGUCAUUCUGGGACCAGAGGACCCCCACCCGGCAGCAUCUCUCCAGCCAGGUGACAGCAUUCGCCUCCCGAGAGCUCAAACCAGGAUCCUUGCAACCCAGGAAUCCUGGACUGAGGGCCCCACCCCCAGGACCCAUGAUCUUGUACAGGUAAACUGCCAAACAGGUGGCUGUCAGUCUACUGUCUCCAUCCUCAUCCCACACGGUAAAAGCGCUGAACUCGGUCGCAAUCAUGGGUUUCACUUUCAGCAUGGGCUGUGUUUUCUAUAUGACCAAACCAAGGACGACUGUCAUUGGUGGAACACCACCUAUGGGGGGUGCCCACACAGCUCUUGUGUCGUUCACAAGCCACGGCCUCCAAGCCGUCCCAACCACAUGCUCUCGCUUCAGCAGUGGUUCGUUAGCCCUCAACAUCCGUGACCCCUGGCACAGCCAUUGGGAUGCAGGAGUGUCCAGUAAAGUCAACGAAGAUUAUACCUGGAGCCACCCUGAGGGAACAUGGCUAAUAUUCCAGUCCUAUACCCGCAUCGUCCCUGAAACAAUAGAACAGCUCAGAUCUGUAAGCCAUACAAUCCUGCAAAAUGAAGCCAUCCUAACCAACCAAUUCAAACCCUCAGCUAACACCUCUCAGUCUUUCUCUUGGUUGACUCUAGUACAGCAGGGAGCCAACAUGUUAAAUUUAACUAAAGCCAUGAAUAUCACCAACUGCUUUUUAUGAGCCUCUCAGCAACCGCCCCCCGCCCUUUGCUGCAGUUUCCCUCAGGUCCGGGUUCAAUCUGUCACAAUCACCUACAGGACCCGGCACCAUCUUAACGGAUAUCCCCUUGUUCCAAGUACACCCUUAAAAUUUCUCUCUGCUAUGAGACAACCAGCAGCUCCAGUCCCAGCUGUAACACCACAGUAAAGGUAAAAUCCUCCCUCUACGCACCACCAGGAGGAUAUUUCUGGUGAAAUGGAACCUUAACUAAAGUUAUUAAUGCCUCCUUCCCUUUCCCUUGUGUGCCUGUCACCUUGUCCCACAGUUAGAGGUAUACAGACAGGCCGAACUUCUAUUACUCCUUCCACCCUCCCCUAAUCCCGAGACAGACGAGCAGUCUUCCUCCCAAUGGUCAUUACUCUCUCUCUAGCAUCGUCUCUGGUGGUGGCCAGGCUGGGUAGUGGCGCCCUGGGCUACAGUGUCACCUCAGCCACUCAACUAGAGAACAAGCUUCGCGUGGCUAUCGAAAUGUCAGCCCCCUCCCUGGCCUCCCUCCAGCGACAAAUCAUGUCACUGGCCCAGGUAACUCUCCAGAACCGACAGGCCCUUGACCUGCUGACAGCAGAAAAGGGAGGUACCUGUCUGUUUCUUCAGGAGCAGCGCUGCUAUUACAUCAAUGAAACAGGCCUCGUAGAAGAAAAUGUCAACACUCUUAUCACCUCCGAGAAGACCUCUACAAGAAGCAGAAUGUAUCAGUCUCACCUCUUAACUGGUGGCAAUCCCCCAUGCUAACCUGGCUAACCCCUAUUAUCACCCCCAUCAUUAUAGUUUGUCUUCUGUUAAUGCUAGUCCUCUUUUUCCUCAGUUUUUAAUAGGCCUGCAUGAGAGAAAUUUCCACGGUGGCCAUAAACCAGAUGCUACCUCACCCCUAUGUCCGACUCCCAACCAAGGCACCAGCCAAUUGACCCUUCUCCCACACUCUGCCCCUAUUCAGCAGGAAGUAGCCAGAAAGAAGCGGUGUCCUAUGUCAUCAAAAGGGUCGGAAUGUAAGGCUGGUUGCCUCUCUAGGAGGCCAGACACACCCACCUCUGCACUCAGCACCUGACUGCACCCGGCACCAGGCUCUGCUGCAUGGCUCCCCUGUAAGGUUCCAGCUGAUGCAACCCUGGCUGGCUCUUGCACCGGAAAAACCCGCCCAAUAACCCACCAACCAAUGAGGGCCCGCCUCGUCCCAAUCCUGCUUCCCUGGAGCCAAUCAGAGCACCCAGCUGUUGCUCAUUCCCCAUAGCCAUAAAAACCCCACACCCCAGGAAGUCAGCGCGACUUCUCUGGCCCCCUUUUCCCAGACCAGAGAACCUCGCCCAGGAGCUGAAUAAAUUGGCAUUUAAUUUUC